AUUUACAAGAAAUUGCAAAAAAAAUGUGAAAUAAAUUUGAUCCUGAUUAAGAUUUCCUUUAUCUUGCUUCGAAAUGUGCAACACGCAAAUUCUCCGCACACAAACUGAAUGAUUCAAAACACAGCUUCAUUUUCCAUGAGAAAGCAAAACGAAACCUUGUAAGUCAAGCAACCACAACAAAUCCAAUCUUCACACAAACUCACUCUCUCUCGCACUCAACACUCCAGUUUUCCUCUCAUUAUCUGUGCUAAGCAAAUCAGAGCAAUGCUAAUCCACAAGAGUUCCCGAAAACACCAUGCACGACGACGACCUUCCUCUUCCUUCCCCUUUCGCCGACGCGGCUCCCAAUUUAUCCGAACUGGAGCUCCGGGAAACGGCCUACGAGAUCCUCGUCGGAGCUUGCCGGAGUUCGGUGGCGAAGCCGUUGACGUUUGUGUCGCACUCUGACUCUAACAGAGGAGAUAGACGGAAUCCGUCGCCGUCAUUGUACAGGUCGCUGACGUCGACGGCGAGGAGUAAGGUGAAGAAGAAGCUGGGUCUGAGAACGACGUCGUCAGGGAAUAGACGGGCGGGGACGACGGGGGAGUUGAUAAGAGUUCAGAUGAGGGUUUCGGAAGUGACUGACACUAGGGUCAGGCGUGCCCUCCUUAGAGUAGCUGCAGGCCAGCUUGGAAGACGAAUAGAAUCGAUGGUUCUGCCGCUUGAGCUAAUACAACAGCUCAAGUGUUCAGAUUUUCCUAGUGAAGAAGAGUACGAGGCUUGGCUAAGGAGGAAUUUGAAGGUUCUUGAAGCAGGACUCCUCUUGCAUCCUAGCCUGCCAUUAGAUAAGGCAGAUACUUGUGCACUGCGCCUGCAGCACAUAAUCCAUGAAGGCCUUGAGAAACCCAUGGAUAUUGGAAAAGACAGUGAAUCAAUGCAUGCACUUCGGAGUGUUGUUCUGUCUCUUGCUUGGAGAGCACUCGAGGGGCCUGUUCCUGAGACAUGCCAUUGGGCUGAUGGGUUUCCACUGAACCUUAGGAUCUACCAAACUCUGUUAGAAGCAUGUUUUGAUAAUCAUGACGAAACCUGUGUGAUAGAAGAGGUUGAUGAGGUCUUAGAGCUCAUUAAGACGACCUGGGUUAUGCUUGGAAUGAAUGACGUGCUGCAUAAUGUUUGUUUUUCCUGGGUCUUGUUUCAACGGUAUGUUGCCACUGGUCAAGUGGAAAAUGAUCUGCUGUUUGCAUCGAGUAAUUUACUGGCAGAAGUUGAGAAAGAAGCCAAGGCAAUGAAGGAUCCGUUUUACUCACAAUCCUUGAAAUCCACAUUGAAUUUGAUGCUAAGUUGGGCAGAAGAAAGGCUCAUUGCCUACCAUGAUGCUUUCCAUAAUGGUAAUAUUGAAUCAAUGCAAAGUGUUGUUUCUCUUGCGGUAUCAUCUGCAAAGAUUUUGGCAGAAGAUAUCUCUAUUGAGUGUAAUAGGAUGAGGAAAGAAGCUGAUGUAUCCUUCACCAGGGUUGAAAAUUAUAUUACAUCAUCUUUGCAUGCUGUUUUCGUUCAGAAAUUGGAGAAACUGGAUUGUCGCAACAGCAAGCAUGUACCUAAACAACAGGAUAAAGUCUUUCCAAGUCUCUCCAUUCUUGCACGAGACAUCAGUGAACUGGCUUUUAACGAGAAGGCAAUAUUUAGUCCCAUACUGAAGAGAUGGCAUCCACUUGCUGCUGGUGUUGCAGUUGCUACCCUUCACGUGUGUUAUGGUCAUGAGUUGAAGCAAUAUGUCAAGAGUGUUACAGAGUUGACUCCUGAUGCUGUAGAAAUGUUAAUGGCAGCUGAUAAAUUGGAGAAAGAUCUGGUACAGAUAGCAGUGGAAGAUUCAGUUGACAGUGAAGAUGGUGGAAAAUCCAUUAUAAGGGAGAUGUGUCCUUAUGAGGCUGAAGCGGUAAUUAUCAAUCUGGUCAAGUCAUGGAUCAAGACCAGAGUGGAUACACUGGAGGAGUGUGUUGACAGAAAUCUACAAGAAGAGGUAUGGAAUCCACGUGCAAAUAAAGAGUGCUUUGCUCCUUCGGCUCUUGAAAUUCUAGGAAUCAUAGAUGACGCUGUGGGAGCGUUCUUUCAGUUGCCAAUACCCAUGCAUGCAGUAUUGCUUCCUGAAUUGGUGUCUGCUCUCGACAAAUCUCUCCAACAAUACAUCUUGAAGGCCAAAUCUGGCUGUGGGAACCGCAAUACUUUCAUCCCAAUCAUGCCUGCUUUGACUCGGUGUUCGGCAGGAUCAAAAUUUCACGGUGUAUUCAGGAGAAAAGAGAAGUCACAAGUAACUCAGAGAAGGAUAUUCCAUCGUGGAACUACAAACGUAGACAACUCAUUUGAAUUGCCCCAGUUCUGUGUUCGCAUAAAUACCAUGCAGCGCAUUGGCAUGGGACUAAGGGUUUUGGAAAAGAGGACAAUUUCUCGUCUUGGGAAUUCUAAAUCCACUCAAGAAAAUGGUACAGAAAAGGGGUUGAAUUUCAAGCUUUCUAAAGCUGCUUCUGUGGAAGGUAUCCAUCAACUCUCUGAGGCCAUGGCAUACAAAGUGGUUUUCCAGGAUCUACGUCAUGUUCUUUGGGAUGGCCUAUAUGUUGGUGAAGUUUCAUCCACUAGAAUUGAGCCUUUUCUUGAGGAGCUUAACCAAUGCUUGAAGAACAUAUUGUCAACAGUGCACGACAGAAUCAUAACACAUGUGAUUAUUGAGGUAAUGAAGGCUUCUUUUGAUGGGUUCUUGUUGGUUUUGUUAGCUGGGGGUCCAGCACGUGCUUUCUCUCUUGAAGACCAUGUCAUAAUAGAAGAAGACUUGAAGUUUCUCACUGAUUUGUUCUGGUCCAAUGGAGAUGGUUUAGCUUCUAAUUUGAUAGAAAAACAUUCUACCACUGUUAAAGAAGUGCUUCCCCUGUUCAGCAUGGAUACUGAAGAGUUGAUUAAGCUAUUCAGUGAGCUUAUUCUGGAAAUGUAUGAUUCUUCAGCCAAAUCACACUUGCCGUUGCCCACAACAUCUGGUCAAUGGAGUCCAAAAGAACCAAACACCCUUCUGCGGGUUUUGUGCCAUCGAAAUGAUGACACAGCUUCUAAGUUCCUUAAAAAGAACUACAACUUGCCUAAGAAGUUCAACCACCAAUGAACACGACAUGGUAUCAGCAGUAAUAUUCUUAAUCAAAGAAUAACUUAAGGGAAGUUGUGUCAUGAUGCUUUUAUUGACGACUAAGAUGAUUCAAAUUAGUAUUUGUAAACUGUAAUUAGUAAUUGUUUGUUUUAAUCAUUUUCUCUGGUAAGGGCCUUUCGUAUU